AUGUCCAGCCCUCUACUGAGUUCUUCCCACCCACUGCCGCCGCACUUCGAUGUCCCCGCCAUUCUCUCCCCGGCGGAGAUCACCGUAGCCCUCCGCGAUCUCGCCACUGCGGUCCAGGAGAUCCACCUCUAUUUGGCCGACCCCUACGGGCCGCCGCUGGCCGCGCCACCAGCCGCCACCACCGGGCCGCUGCUCCUGUCGUGGCAGCCGCCGCAUUUGGCGGUCUCCACCGCGGUCGCCGCCACCACCCCGCCCUGGUUGCCGUGGCCAUCCCAGCCCCUCGCGGGCCCCAUCGUGGCCGUGGCCUCGCUGCAACAGCCGGCGCCAUCGCCGCCCUGGUUGACAUGGCCGUCCCAGCCCCUCGCGGGCCCCGUCGCGGUCGUGGACUUGCUGCAGCAGCCGGCGCUGCCGCCACUCAGCCCCGGGCCAGCUACGACCGUGCCGGCGGGAGUUCCGAUCCAACAAGUACGGUUCCCGCCCUCACCGUCACCGCUUUCGUCUUGGAUCGCUACCCGCCACGUGUCGGCGGCGGUGAGGCUGUAG